UAUUUAUUAUGCCACCUAAGAAGCAGAAUAAAACUAUGUUACGUCACUACGACCCUGAUUUUAAUGCUUCUGAUUCUAAAUGGCUUUUAUUCGGUCGUUGGCAUGUUCAGAAAGUAGCUCCAGUGUUUUCGCUCAUUUGCUGCGCUGUAUCUGUACUUCUUGCACUUGCCGGCUACAUAUUAAUCUUUUCCAAUCCAGUUCUUAUAUUUUGGCUGGGGAUAAAUCUACUUUUAUUGGUUGUUUCAUCACUUGCUUUUCUUGGCUCCAUCAAGAAAAUACCAUUUUUGUUACUUCCCUUUGUCUUGGUAAUGUGGGCAUUUUCCGUAUUAUGGUUUGGACUUUUCUUCUUUCUUCUCCCAAUGAUUGUAGUUCCACGUUUCUGGAACCAUUGGAUGGAUGUUCUUUUUGGAAUUGGAAAACCCGGAAAAUCUGCUGUUCGAGUAAUAACAAUUGGUGGAGUGCUACUAUCAUUCCUUUUCCUAUGUAUAUUUACUGUCCUUAAUGUGACAAUGAAGCGAGCAAGGAAUUUCAUGCUUGCCAAAAAGUUUAAAGAGCAAAUGACAAGUAAAAAUGGUAGAAACAAUAAUGCUCAGGUCUUCGAAACUGUAGCCUGA